UGCCGCGAGCCGUUUAAAAAGCCGUAGUCAGCAGGGGGCGUUCGGUCAGAGGCGCGCGGAGACGGCGGGAGCAGCACGCGCAGUACGGAUUCAGACCACUGGAACUGAGGCAAAUAAGUCUACAUAGAUACCACUGCACACUAGAAGAAGAAAAUAUGAUUUUCUGCAAAAUUUUGAAUGUUUGCUGUUUACUGCUUAUGGGCCUUACGUAUGGCAAUGUCGCUGUAUACGCUCAGUGUACUAAACCCCCUGCGUACCCCAACGUGAGUUUGACAAGCGAGUCCUUGCAGCUCACAGAGUUCCCUGAUGGUACUAUAGUAAAAUACGAGUGUGCUGUUGGCUACAGGAGGACACAGGGAUCAACAUCAUCCACCUGUACUGCAGGAACAUGGAGCAAUCUGGAGCUGAAAUGUGAAAAAAUAUCCUGUGGUUCCCCUCCAGAAGUGCUGAAUGGCAAAUAUAACUUAUCACAGGGUCUAGAAUUCGGGGCAGUUAUUGUGGUGAUUUGCAAUAAAGGGUAUGUACUUGCAAACCAGGUAACGUGGAGAAUGUGUACAGAAAGUGGUUGGAGCAACAGAGAUCCAGUCUGUGAAGUGGUCAAGUGUCCUGCUCCACCUACAGUUAGUCAUGGCCACGCCAAUGUGGAUCCAGAUACGACUAUAUCAUACGGAAACGUUGUUCAAUAUACCUGUGAUGCUGGUUAUGACCUCAUCGGGAAUUCGGAAAUUGUGUGCACAGAGAAUGCAACGUUCCAGCCACCAGCGCCUGAGUGUAAAAAUGUAAGCUGUCCAAACCCAGUAGUUGAAAACGGCAACCGAGUGGGAGGAGGACCUCCACCAUAUAGAUACAAGGCUUUUGUUGCAUACCAGUGUAACCCAGGCUAUGAGCUAAAAGGCUUAGCAGAAAUAACCUGCGAUGUGAAUGGCUGGUCACCCCCCCCUCCAACUUGUGAGCGUCAGGGUUCCCCUACAACAACAAGAACAACAACAACAACAACAUCAACAACUAAUACAACAAAUACAGCAAAUACAACAAAUACAGCAAAUACAGCUACUACACCAGGAACUCAGACUAAAGUCGUGACCACAGUAAUGACAAAGUUUACAACACAAGGUUCCAAUGGAAAAGCCCCUGGCAUGACCUCUCAUGGUCUUGGACUUAUAGCUAUGCCGCUGCUCCUGGUUGUUCUGCACCUGCUGUUCUGAGAUGCAUUGAAAUCGCCACUCCUUUGGGCACGGAGGACCUCUUUGGACUGCAUGUGAAUUUUUUUUUGUGUACGUACCUCUUGACUCCCUGGGGAUUUCGUGUUUCUGUUCUGUCCGUUGUCAUUCACAAAGUGUCAAAUUACUGAAAACCCUCUAUCAAACUGACCUAAUCAAAACUUCAUAAUUUUUCUAAUCUGUUUAAUCAAAAAAUGUUACAAAAUGGUUUA